AUGACAACCGUGACGACACUGACCUCAGAAGUGCCGGCAUUGGCGGAAUCAUGCGAUGAAACACGCGACAAGGUAGUUUUGGAAAACGAAAGGGACUCGCCAAAGCUAGAUGGGAAAGUUCUAUCUGAGUCGUCGGAGAAGGAUGACAAGUCGGCCUUGGAGUCAUUCUGGAUUAUCACCAUAAUAACUGGUGUCACUUUCAUCAGUGUCUCAGGAACUGGGAUUUUGACCACCGCACUUCCUCGUAUCUCGACCGACAUCAACCUCCACCGCGAUCUGAUCUUCUGGCCGGCGUCGGUAUAUGCUUUAUCUGCAGGGUGCACCUUGCUAGCAUUCGGCUCCGUUGCGGAUGUGGUUGGCUCUAAGAGAAUGUGGCUGAUCGGGAGCGGCUUCUCGUGUCCUCUGAUUCUUGCAUGUGGACUGGCCCGCACUGGUAACCAGUUCAUCAUUUUCCGUGCUAUACUAGGACCCUUUGUGGCUAUGUGUCUCCCGACAUCCAUGUCGCUAGUGACGGCAUCCUUUCCGCCUGGACGUAAGAGGAAUAUUGCCUUUGCAGCGACGGGGAUGGGACAGCCACUGGGCUAUGCGUUAGGUCUAAUUCUCGGUGGUGUUUUCACCAACACCAUAGGCUGGCGGUGGGGAUUUUAUAUCACCGCCAUUAUCGAUGCCGUAUUGUUUGUCGGGUCCGCCUUGAUCCUCCCAGCGGACCCUGAUUCGAUGAAGCUAUGCCGGGCUACAUGGCAUAAGCUUGCAUACAGUAUCGAUUGGAUUGGCGUAUCAAUUCUGGCUUUGGCAUUUGGUCUCCUAUCCUAUGUACUUGCGAUGAUCACAUAUACCUACAGGAACAUGUCUGAGCCUCAAUAUAUCGUGCUGCUCAUCAUCUCUAUAUCACUCCUCCCUAUCUUCUCGCUUUGGGUCAAAUGGCAGGUAAAGCACAACAGGCCAGCCUUGAUUCCAAACGCUUUAUGGCGAAAUCUGCCGUUUCUUUUCAUCUGCGUGGCCAUGUUCUUCACAUGGGCCGGGUUCAACUCUUUCCAGUAUAUAUCAACCCUAUUCUUUCAGGACGUCCAGGAUAUCUCGGCACUUCAAGCUUCCAUUCGCUUCUUGCCCAUGGCUGUAGUUGGCGUGGCCACCAACAUAGUUACUGCCCAUUUGGUGUCAAAGGUGAAUGUGAACCUGCUGCUGGGGGUGAGUGCACUGAUGACAGCCAUUUCACCUAUCUUAAUGGCGGUCGCUUCCCCCAGCUGGACAUAUUGGGCUGCAGCUUUUAUUGCUAUGACUUUAAGUCCAAUCAACGGCGAUGUGCUAUGGACUGUGUCUAGUCUGAUAAUCUCUCGGGCAUUCCCUGAUGACUCAAUGGCUCUUGCUGGGAGUGUCUUCAAUACUAUCUCCCAGUUGGGUAACUCUGUUGGACUGGCUGUCACUGCCGUCAUUGCUGCCUCUGUCACUGCUCAUGAUGAUGGCGCAUCUUCUCAAACGGGCAGUCAGCUUCUAGAGGGAUAUCGUGCUGCGUAUUGGACUAUAUUUGCUGGAAUGAUAUUAGUCUUCCUAGUGAGCUCUCUAGGGCUGCGUCACGUGGGAAAGGUUGGUAACAAGCAAGACUAA